GAGAUAGUGAGACAAAGCUGUAAAAUUCAAGCCUGUGCCUCCUUUAUUAAAUUUGUUUGCACCCACCUUCCUUCUUUUCAUCAUUAUUAAAGUCCAACGUUCCUAUUUUCAAAAACCGUUGGAGCCAAUUCUUUUUACCUCACAUGACACAUACAAACACACUCUCUCCUCCUCUGUAUCUCUCUCUCUCUCUGUUACUGUCUCUAUUUUAGCCAUUCUCACCAUGACCAGCAACCUCUACCCAGAUAUUCAUCGCUCUUAAACUUAGGUGUCUUUAAUGGGUUGCUUUCUUGGCUGCUUCGGCUUUCCUUCAAAAAGAAAGAGAAGAAAACCAGCCAAUAGAGUUCAACCGGGAGAUCAUAGACUUGGUAGUUAUGAACCUCUUGAUUCUGCUUCUACGAAUCUUGAUGCUAAAGCAGAGCCCAUUAGUAAAGACUCUGAAUCCAGUAAGAAGCCUAAGGAGCCUUUGAACUAUAAAAUUAAGAAGAAAGUCAGCUUUAACUUGAAUGUACAAAGUUAUGAGCCUAUUCCAAAAGAAGAUGAAAACAUAAAUUAUUUCUGGGAAAAUGAUGAUGAAGAAAAGAGAGAUGAAAUUAGCAAAGAAAAUGCAAAAGAGGGUCAGUCCAAGUCUCUUUCUGAGGACGAUUCAGUCGCGGCCAAAAUGGCAUCUUAUCCAUCAAGUUAUAGAUAUAGAAACUGCACUGACAGCUAUGAUGAUGAAGAUGAAAUAGCAUAUGAAGAAAGUGACUUGGAUGAUGACGAGGAUGAAAACGACGAUGAUGAUUCUGAUGAGGAUUAUGGUAGUGGUGGUGAUAUGGAUAAUUUAACAACAAGCCGAGAUGAGUUUUCUGAGACAUUCAAAUCUUUGUCUUUGAGUUCACAGAUGAGAGAUUCUUUGACCAGAGAGAAUUCUGAAAAUUUGAGGCCCCUUGGAGAUUUGAAUUCGGUGGGAAUGAAUAGAAAUGCUCGAGAUAGGAGUCAGUAUGUUCAUUCUGUGUUGAAUCCAAUAGAGAAUCUGAGUCAGUGGAAAGCUGCGAAGGCUAAAGGAAUGCCACAAGUAAAGCGCCAGAGAAAGGAGAAUGUAGCACUAGAGCAACAAGCGCAGUUGACGCAAGAAAUUUCAGUUGAUGCCAGCCUCUCAAACUGGAUACUUAAUACUGAUUCAUGUCAAUCAACAACUGCAUCCAUUACCAAGAGUAGCACUGAAAGUAUAUCAUCAAAGAAAAGUUCAUUUGACAGGACAUUUCCAUGGAGAAGUAGAGAUGACAUGCCAAUUUUAGAUAUCACAAACUUGGAGGUUUGACAAGUAACUGACAUUGCUCAAGUUCUUCUUUGAGUUGGAAAGUUUAUACUAUACAUUGAUAUGGAUUGAAUCUUGGAGUAAUUCUAUAGAACAGACAUGUGAAAAUAGUUGUUGUCUUAUGAGGUUUGGAAUGGAUCCGUAAAUUAAAAGGUGCAUUAGAAGUUGCUCUUGUUAUUUUUAUGCAGCCUACACAAGGCAAGUGUGAAACAAUUUCAGGGUGUUGUUUGUACUUUGUAUCUCCAUUUUUUAUUCUUUUAAUCCAUUUCUUUUGGUUGGUUUGA